UGCUGUCCUAAAGCCAGGAAAAAGGGGGCAAAGGGCUUUCUGUUGAAGCUUCUUCAGUGGCUUCUCUAAAGCAGCUCAACCCAAGCGUCAGCCUUCCUAGACGAAUAUUUUUGGUAGUCUCUUAGCCAAGUCCUACCUGGUUCAUUUGUCUCACAAUUCACAUGUAACAGUACUCUGGUGGCAAGUCUCAGAAGUUCGAACAGCUCUCUGUUUGCAAGUUGCAACCGCUGGUCAGGAUUUCUUAUAACAUGAAAAGGGCAAUGCCAUGGAGCGAUAAAGUGGAUGGAUUAUCAUCCGAGGAAUCUUCCUCCGACUCUGAUUCAGAAUCUGAUGAUGGGCUGGGUAAAACAAAACCAACCAUUGUUCAACUGGCCAAAGAAACUGUAUCUGAAGUGAAGCCUGGAAAAUUGAAGGGUAAUGGUGGCAUAGACUUUGAAGCUUUGAGUCGGCAUGGUUAUAGGGGUGGACCUUCGCUCUUGAGCAUGCCUCCACCAAAGGAGGUUGAUGACAAGCCACUAGACUGGUCGUGGUCUAAUGGCAAGGAGAAUGUUAAAGACAGGGAAAUUGAAGAAUCAUAUGAAGAGCGGCAGAAAACCAGAGCUGCGCUAGCUGAGGGAGAGGAGCUAACAGGUGUGCAGACUCGGAAGGAGAAGAAGAAUCUGUCUUUCUCACAGAAGGAGAAGAGAAAGAGAGAUCUUGGUCAGGCCAGUAGAGGGAAAAAUUAUGUUGAAGAAGAGAAGAGGUUGUUAAGGGACAGUGGUAUUUACUCUGGCUUUGAUUCUUGAUGUACAUUAGUUAAAACUCUCUCUCAAAAUAUCGUACAAAAUGUGUUAGGAUUUCUAUUCCUAAACCUUGCUGCUAAAAGGAGAAUUCUGUGUCGCUUGUAGAAUGGAAAGUUGAGAGUUUUGAUCCAAAGGUUAUGAUAUAUGCAUUGCAGCA